CGGUGGAUUCGGACGACGACGAGGUGCGGACGAGACGAACUCGCGGACCGGGGUGGAUGACCCUCGCUGUCCGGUUUGCAGUUUAGAAGCGGUGCUUGAUCCCGGCCAGGAAGUUCUUUGCACAAAGGAAAGAGGCUCCUAGGAGCUUCAGAGAGAUCGAUUCACCUUUUCGGCCCCAAUCUCGCCCCUUGGAAGACUCAAAUAUUCCAAUGACCAAUGCCUGUCUCUCCCACCGAAUUCAGGCGCCUCGGCGGCCUCACUCCAUCCACACACGACCGAUGGCUAUUCAUUUUAACAGUGCCAGAAGCUUGAGAUCUCGAGCUUCUACGGUCGGAUCGAGCCUGGCUUCCUCUGGAAAGACACACGAAAUCAUCGGACCCUUCUGCUGCCGCACAUCCCUGAUGUCCGAAUUUUCCCACUGACGCCGAAUUUCACCGACAAAAACAGGAGCUGCUGGACUUCCAGAUCGAUCGCACUGUCUCCGAGCCUCACGUGCCUCAGGCCGUAUGGAAGGCCGGUCGGUGGGUCGGUCGGUAUUUCGCGUGCCAAUUGCCGAAAGUGGUGAUGAGAAGGGGGAAGCUGGGCUUGCGGCUUUGGACUUUGGACUUGUUCUUGUUGUUCCUGCAGUGUGCAACAACAAGUGGUUGUGGUUGUUGUCGUUGUCAAACACACCCUUUCGACAUGUUGGAGGUAGAUGUGAGUCAAGUACCCCAGCUGGCCCAGGAUAAAUCUAGUUCACCUCUUAAGGAGUGUGGAGUUGUGACACUUCAGAUGUGAAGAUGUGUGUCGCACUGCGUCAGAGAGCAUUCCACUACCAGUUGAAGACGUGGAGGUUAGUGAAGUAGCAAAAAGGGUUAGACACAAGAAGAUCCCGCCAACAGUGAGCGAAGAAGAGUAUAAUACCCAGAUGUUGACGCUUUUGCCUUUCAGGUUUUGGUGUACUUUUUGCCUCAGAGGCAAGACUGGUGAAGAUGAUCAUAGGUCAGUUGGUGACCGACCAGCAAGUGAACUUCCAAGGUUUUGCAGAUUAUAUACAGUUUCUUCUCACGGUCGUUUAACAAGGACACUUUAGACAUUGAGGAGCUCAAGACAGAGCCCAAGGCAAACGAAGAGUUGAUGACGAAUUUGGAGGACAUGUUGAGAGCAGACGUGCUAUUCUCUCAACUCUUUCUCCAAAGAUGACCAAGCACUUUGCCGUCGAUCUUGGACGUCGAAUUUGGAGGACAAGCAAUGAAGGGGAAGCUUUUGAACAGAACCAUCGAACACAUACCAGGUAGUAUCGGCUUCAACUUCGUCCGCAUUUGAAGUACGCCAAAGAGAUAACCCAACUGGGAUUGCAAGGCGCAAGAGGAUCGGAUCUUCCAACGUCAACAGGUGUUGGGCGCACAACGUCCGAGAGCAGUUUCGGCGCUUGGAUAGACCCGCCAUCCAGUGUGCAGCUUGUGAGCGAUGUCCCUGGCAUGUCCCAGCCAAAGGUGAUCGAUGGCGUCGGAGCAAAGGACGAACGAAGCAUACGAUUGAAAGUUGGAUAUUGCUACUAGUAACAAGUGCAUUAACUACUAGUAACUAGUAGCAAGAAGCUACUAGUAACUAGAUCCAAGAGGCCCCGAAGGAAGUGUGGGUCUCUCACAGGCUCCGACUGGGCAGCCGACGCCACUCGAGGAUCGAUGCCUUGCAGCGUGGAGGGAUUUGGUGAGCGCCUCAUGGACCAUGGACCUUGCGAACGGCAAAGUGCAGAGGCUCCAAGUUCCGGUGAGACAGAGCACUACGCGAUGACACGUGGUGCCGCCAGUGGAAUCCACACUACCAGCCGUUUGAAGGCCUUGGAUACAAACUGUUGCAAGUCAUGAAGUGUGACUCCAGUGCUGCGCGAGGCAUUGGGUCAAUAAAUGCAGGAAAAAAGCAAAGCGCUUGAGUAUCAAACGGCUCUGGCUUCAAGACCAUGUGUGCAGUGGGGACAUCAAACUCGACAACAUUGAGACGUUGUUCAACUGGAGUGACCUUGGAACAUAGGCACUGACAUGGGAAAGGUCUUCUAGCCUCAUUAGGCAGCAGACACCUCUCAAAAUCGUCACAUUAAUUGACAAGCGUAGUCCAGGAAUGAAAGGAGAGUGAGAUGAAGCAGCAAAGGAUGAGACAGACUUUGAUGUCGUUUCCUUCCUGUUUGUCAUGGUGGCUAUGUUAUGUUGGUGUUGUUGGUGAUGGUCGGGCAUGCGUCUUUCCAGGAAGACGGUCGGCGCCGGCGCACGCGAUUCCACAUGUCAACCAGGAUGUGGACCUGCAGAGGACUCCGCCUCCCAAGGCGGGUGAGGACAUGCUGCACCGUGACGCGACGAGGACGCCGGAGGACAAGCUCCAAGGGGUUCGUCGUUUGCGUUGGGUGCCGGAGAACGGCAAAUGUGAGCUCCCGAAGUAGCUGGUGGAGAACCAGUGGUGGAUGAGGAUUCUGAUGCGGAUCCUACAAUUCGUUGCAUUAGACUGUGGCAUACCGGUCCGCAAAGGUUGGAGAUGCGGCC